AUGAAUAUCAACAGAUGGGACGAAAGCACGGAUAGAGACGAGGAAGAGGAAUGGCCAAUAAUCACUGGGAACUUAUUACUAACAGAAGACAUGUGGAAACAGCAGGAGUGUGUGAGCUCAGUGAUUGUGAGCAUGGAUCUCUCAGCGCUCCUCAGAGGAUCUGUGAAAUGCAGAAAGCCGAAACCUCCCAGCACGAAGGAAACCAGCACAGAGGCGUUUGAAAACUACAUGAGGAUACUCUACGGGCUGCCUCUUGAUGUCAAGGUUGAUUUGGAAGAUAAGUUGGACCCAGUUGAACCUGAGAUAGCCUCUUUUGAUCCUGAUCCGUAUCAAAAGGAGCCCGUUACCCUUCCUGUCUUAAAGAAGGUCGUGCACCGAGAAGCUAUUGUAGAGGUAGCCGUGAAAAAGAAGAUCAAGAAGAAGAAAAAGGAUCCUGAAACAACCCCUCCACCAAAACCCCUGAAACAAUUCAAACCUGUUGCCAGAGUGGAGAAACCCAUCAAAGUGAAUAAGUAUAAAGAGGAGGAGCCUAAGAUGUCCAUUGAUCUGUGUUAUUGUGUUGCUCUGUUGGAGGAGGAGCCUAAGAUGUCCAUUGAUCUGCACUGUGUGUACAAAUGA